AAAAACCCAAUUACUGCUGACAAAUGUCGUUGGAAUUUCAAUCACCCCGAGGUAUCAAAUUACACGGGCAAGUCGCCUGGAGUGGAUCGAUUCGACGCGCAAUUCUUCAAGGUCCAUUACUGGCAGGCCCACCGUAUGGACAUCCUUUGCAGGAAGGCACUGGAACAGGCUUACCAGGCAAUCUAUGAUGCUGGGUUGAGUUCUGAACAUUUAAGUGGGCAAAAAGUGGGCGUCUUCAUUGGAACCAGCUGUUCGGAGACGGAUAAAGCCUUCAUUGUCAAUUCCCACGGAGGCGGUUUCGGCAUAGCGGGAUGCAAUCGAGGCAUGUUUCCAAAUCGUAUUUCCUACUGGCUGAACGCCAAAGGUCCUUCGGUGUCGGUGGAUGCUUCCGACUGCAGUGGGCUGGCCGCCCUGGAAAUGGCCUUCCAAGCUAUACACCGAGGAGACUGUGUCGCUGCUCUGGUUGGAGCCACAAACAUUUGUUUACAUCCGCAAUCAUCUGUGCAUUAUGCAAGAAUCAUAAAGAUGAGUAAAGACGGCAAAACAAAGUCGUUCGACCAAAAUGCGGACGGCUGUGCAAAAUCUGAUGCGGUGAACAUGCUGCUCCUACAGAAAGCUAAGGACGCUAAAAGGGUUUAUGCAGAGCUGGUCCAUGUCAAAAGCGGGUUCACAGAUUUGCUGGAAACAGAGGUAGGCCCUAAGUUUGGGUUCUACAGAGACUCUCAAGUUGCUGCCCGUUUCAUUAACGAAUUUUACAAGGAAGCCGGAGUGCCUCCACACGCAGUCGAAUAUGUAGAAGCUUUCGGUGCAGCCGUCUCAGAGGCUGAUAAAGAAGAGCUGGAGGCGAUUGAGACCGUGUUUUGCAAAGAGCGCCGUGAACCCCUCUUAGUCGGCAGUGUUAUGUCCAACAUCGGUUACACAGAGGCGGCUUCUGGCAUUUCUGCGGUUACUAAGGUGAUACUAGGCUAUCAAAGAGGCAAGUUAGCCGCCAACAUGCACUGCACAACUCCUCGUCAAGACAUCCAGGCUAUCCGCGACGGGCGUAUGAAAGUCGU